AUGUCCCAAAGUGCCAUGUCUACGAGACUUUUGCAUGCCUUCAGGGAUGGAGGUGUUAAGGUGCUCCAGAAUGGAGUGUUAAGGGGAACUCAUGAGUCAGAUGAAGGAAGCCUGGUGGUGGGCAGGGCUCUGCUCUGGCCAGCUCAGCCCUGCCCAGGUGAAGCUCUCCCCGCCCCGGGGGCAGGCCCAUACCUUGGUCCAGGUGUGGUUCUGGGCUUGUCCCCGCCUCACCUGACGACAGAGUGAGGAGCAGCUGUGGCAGGCACCGCUAGAGGCAGGGACAAGGAACCAUGCGGCCAGGCUGACCCACCGGAGCCAGCACGGAGCAGCGAAGGGAUGGACGUGGAAGGUGUGACUGAUUUCAAAGCCCUGAGAGCAAAAUUCCAGAAUGACCCCAACUUGGCCAACAAGCUCAUGCAUCCAUUUAGGAAGCCUGUGAGGAUCCCACCAAAGCUGGACUCUGGAGAGGAUGCUGUCUUCAGCCCUUUGCCCUUGAGUAAGAGAAAAGUAAUAAUACUAAACCCCAAGGAUGAAGCUGCCCAUCCAGCCUCCCAACACAAGCCUUUGGUGUGGCCUCGACCCGGGCUGGGCUACGUGAAGCUGCCGGGGCACGACGAAGAACCCAAAGGUAAUGUCUCAGAGAAAGGGCUGACUCCUCCCAAGCAAGGUCUAGAGAAGCCUCUGCCAUCCUAUUGCACAGACCAGCAAGGAUCAGCCCAAACAUCUCCAGAGAGCCCUCUGCUCCCAGGUUCUUUCCACCACACCCUACAGAUCUGGGAAAAGACUUCAUCCCGUGGGGAGAAAGCGAGCGCAGUGUUCCCGACCCAGCGGGCAGCAAACUUGUAUGUGCAACCCUGCCCUGAGCAGAGGCUAACGCAUGCUCCAGCUGCAUCAAGCAGCAGCAGGAUGCAACUGUCUGGAAGCAAGCCCAUGCUGGACUUGCCUGUCCAGAAGAAGGAUGCUCUGCCCAGCAGCGGGCUGGUUCUUCCCCAAGCUCCCAGAGGACACAGGAGCUCUGACGGAGUUGCUGUUGAGAACAUGGUGGCAACUGCAGCCUGCCAGCCAGGGUAUGGUGCACCAAGAGAGCAAUCUCAGCAGCAGAAAGCAGGAUCAGAGCAUCCUCUGUGCCAACCUCAAGCAGCAAAACGUGCUCAGAGCCCCAGGAGCAAGCAGCCAAGGAUUAAACCUCUCCCUUCAGCUGAAUCCCUGGGUCCUGCCCCUGAGAAGCCAGCAAGACCCCAGAAGUUUGAUCUCGGUGCUUUCCAGCAUUCCAUGCCUUUGGUCCACAGAGGAUCUAAACCAACUGCUGCUGAAGAGGAUUACUUGACCCCUGAAAGUGCUCAGCUUGAAGAACAGCAGAAUGAUGAAGAAACCCCCAUGUACCUGAAUCAGUGUGAGGACACCACGACCUUGUGUGUCAUUGGAGCACCCAAGACAGAGCCUCAAGAACAUGAGAAACAGAAGACGACUUCACUCUUUGCCAAAUCCAGUCCUGGAAGAACUAUUAUAGAGGAUGAAAAAGAGGAAGAAACAAGACUUGAAGGAGAAGAGCAGGAAGCAAAGAAAACUGUCAAGGUGUAUGUAUAUGCAGAAUUGAUAUUAACUUAUGGUAGAAAGAUGGUGCCAAAGACUCUACUGACCUGUUCUCAGGCAGAUGGGAACGAGUACAUGUCGCCCACAAGCCAAACCAAGGAAGACGACAGUGGUGAGAUGAAAGCGCCACAAGCGAAGCAGGAUAUGACCAGUACCCAGACUCCAAAGCAUCCUACCCAACAAGGGCUGGCAAAAGACACAGAGCUCUUGCAUGUUGGUGCUCCAAAGCCAGGGGUAGAAAGAACAGCCUUGGACCAAAACACUCAGCAGUCUCUGCAGGAACCAGAGAAUCUAUAUGAUGAUGUUGGGGAAAUACAACACAUGCUAAGCCACAUGUCAGAUGCCUCAAGUUCAUUUGCUUCAGCCAGCACUUCAGGAAGCAGCCACGAGGAAACCUAUGAAGAUGUUGAGGCCAUGGGUGACACUCCAGCACAGCCAGGAGCAGAAAAACAAAAGAGGUUUGGGAACUUGUUCAAGAGAGAAAAACUGAGGCUGAGAAAUAUCAAGAUCAAGGGGAACUUAAGGUUGGUUUCCAUUUCAGUUCCAAAUAUAGCUGUUUCCCAGGAGGACACGGUGGUGUACGAUGAUGUGGAGAUGGGGCAGAGGGAUCCAAGAGAGAAGGAUGAAAAGUCCAAAAACUGGAUGCCAAAAUUUCUGACAGCAAAGGAAGAUAAGGACUGGAGGAAAAGCAUCGAAAACCUGGAAAGUAUCUUCAAAGUCAAGAAGAGCAAUGCAGAGAAAAGCAAGAGGAUGGAAAAAGAAGAGCAGUUUUUUAGAGAAACAUUUAUGUAUGAUAAGGAGAUCAAGGUCAUCAACACAGCCAUUGCUGAGUGCUCAGUCCCCAGUAACAGGAGAGUUGAUCUCCCCAUCACAGCUGGAGAGCAGCUGGAGGUGAUUGAUGUCACGGAGGGCACCGCAGUGAUCUGCCGCAACUCGGAGGGCAGAUAUGGCUAUGUUCUAGUGGAGCAUUUGAACUUCAGGUAA